ACCAGUCGAUCGUAGACGUCCGCAGCCGUUCGCAGCCGUUCGUGUUCCAUCGCAAGCGUCUCUCAGUCGUUGUCAGUGUUGUCUCGCCAGAACGGUCAGUCGGUGUGGCAGUGUGUAGAACCGUCCAAGUGGAAAACAGCGACCGUUAGGGCAGUGUCAGCAUAAUUCAAUUGAAAACAAUCUCACUUCCGCACUUCCGUGUACUGUGUGUUCCGGCCCCGAGAGUGUCCCGAACCGACGUCCCAACAUCAUCAUCACCAUCAUCGUCUGCGUGCUCGUGAUUUUUUGUGUUUUAUUCGCUACGUAGCUUUCAUCGCACUCACAAUGGCCAAGCUGAUCGUCACCGUUUGCGUCGCGCUAGUGUGCACCGUGGGGUUGACCAUUGGGCAGGAAAUUCCCGCUUACAUCAAGCAAUGCCGCCGAUCGGACCCCCAGUUGGCCGAAUGUGUGAAGACUUCGCUGCAGCACCUGCGACCUUACCUGUCGAGCGGAAUUCCCGAAAUUAAACUACCCUCGGUGGAACCGUUCGUGAUGGAUCAGCUGUCACUGCAGCUGACCGGAGGCCCGCAAGGAUACCGGAUCAACUUGAAAAAUAUGGAAGUAUUUGGCGCCAGCAACUUCACCGUCCGGUCGCUCAAAUUAUCUGAAGGUAACGCACCGUUCGAGGCCCGGCUCACCAUUCCGAAGCUGCUGAUUCACGCCAAGUACACGAGCAGUGGCGUCCUGAUCAUCAUUCCGGCCAGUGGUUCCGGUGACUUCGAUGCCGUGUUCGACGGUGUUACGGCCGACGUCAAGGGUCUGGUGUCGACGAGUGAAAAGCCGACCGGAAUGCAUCUGCGCGUCGACAAGCUGGACCUUAACCUGUCGAUCAAGAAGCCGCGCCUGAGCGUGUCCAAGAUUUUCAACAACAAUCGCAUCCUGACGGAAGCCACCAACCUGUUCCUGAAGGAGAAUGGACACGAGGUGCUGCGUGCGCUCCAGCCUCAGCUGCAGAAGAAACUCUCGAACGAGUUCACCGGUAUCGCCAACCAGCUGCUCGAUAACGUUCCCAUCCACUACUUCCUGCAGGAUUAGACUCCACAGUGGGACGGUACAGCGGGAUCUAUUGGGUGAAGGCACUUUGUGAUACUGUUGUUUUAGGGUUAAGCUCGAAGACGGGGAAUGGGUGGCCAGCAGCCGGGCACCAGCGACUACAGUGGAUUGGUCCCGCGGCCUGGGACCGAUGGAGCGAUUUGGUGACGCCUAGUCGCCUGUCCUGCGAAUGCGCAAAAUCUGUGCGCGCAUUAAUUUUAUGCAACUAUUCUGACAUUUACUCUCAGUACAAAAGAUUGUGACCUGGCGAAGGGCUCACAAGGAACCCUCUUUGUGGAGGAAUGGAGAGUGGUUCCAAAUCAAUACAAAAUCGUAUCAUUCGGGUACACUUUACUGAACAAUUGAUGAACUGUAAGCGCAAUAGAACGGAAUCAACUGCGAUCAAACAAUUGGGAAAUAAAUGAUUAGU